AUGAACGUUUCUUCCAUCCACAAAUUUUGCUUUGAACGAUGGCGUGCCCUUUUUUACGAGAUCCAAUUGACAUCGGGGCACAAGUUGUGAGAAAAACAAUACGAACUAAGCGUUUGUUCAAAGACAGACAAAAUCCUCUAAGUUUUUCCGAAGAAUACAUUAACGAGAGGUAUCACUUCUCGUCUCAUUGUAUAGUAUACCUGGCGGAUCUGUUGACACCUUCAUUGAGCAACGAUACACUCCGCAGCUGUGCGCUUACAGUGAUGCAAACACUCUGCAUCGGUUUACAUUUUUUCGCAUGUGGAGAAUAUAUGCAUGCAGUCGGUGACGCUGAAAACUUGAGCAAAUCCACAGUUUGUCGAGCCAUACGGAGAGUAUACAUCGCACUGGCGAGAAUUCUCCCUGAUUUCGUGAAGUUCCCUGGUCAUUGCUCUCAACAAGAAGUUAAAGACGGCUUUUAUAGAAUAGCAGGACUACCUAAUGUAAUUGGUGUGGUGGACUCCACUCACAUACCCAUCAAAGCGCCUUCAGGACCAGAGGUAUCUGAUUAUACUAAUCAGAAAUCAUUUCACAGCAUAAAUGUGCAGAUGGUUUGUGAUUCGCAAUGUCUCAUCACAAACAUUGAGGCAAAGUGGCCUGGAUCUGUGAAUGACUUCCACAUACUCCAAAAGAGUGUGCUGUACCAUCAGUUUCAGCAAGGUUGUUUUGAUGGGCAGCUUGUGGCUGACAAUGAGUAUCCCUGUCUUCCAUUCUUGAUGACGCCAUACCUGAAUCCUAAACCAGGCGCAGAGAGCUGCUUCAACGAGGCAUUGUACGAGACAAGAGCAUGCAUUAAGACAACAUUCACCACGUUAAGGUCCCGAUUUGGUUGUUUGAAGGGUCUCAGAGUGUCGCCACAGAGAGCGUGUGACAUAAUAGUGGCAUGCAUGGUCCUUCAUAACGUUGCAAUCAUUCGUAAGGAGGCCCCACCCUGUUUCAGUUGGAUGCCCCGGAAAAACCCAGACCCUGUUCACUGUGAUUACCAAGAUGGUACAGCAAUCAGGGAUAACAUUGCUGCUCAGCUCUUUGUGUCAUGCAGCCAAGUGUUAUGACAAUUUCACACAAUUACAUUUUCUCCCCUAAGUGACUGAACCACCGUGGCCUUUUCUCAAUUGGAUUUGCUCAACUCCUGGAUCCCAUAUCCUCCGUUCUCUCUGGCCUCCUUUUAAAAAAGUUAAAAGCUAAUGAGAUGUGAAAAUGUGCUUGUAUGAAAUGACUCCUUCAAUCAUGCAUCAUCAGGCAAAUUACAUUUACAGGGUGGAAUCCCAAAAUGUAUGACGUGAUAAAUGUAGCUAGUUGUGCAAGCUAUUUUAUAGAUAAAAGGAUAGCAUAUUGUUUUUAAAUGUUUGCAUACUUUGAUUCGAGAAAACAAUCUGUGAUUCAUAGGGGGUGUGGCAGAUGUCAAAACUUUUCUGUAAAGGACUCCGGUGGGAUACACUUGUGCUUCCUCGCCAAAAGGAGGCUAUUGAGGAGGGGAGGACAGUCUUCCGUUUGCCUACUAACAAAUUAACACACUCUUCGACCUCUUUCUGGGUCACGGGAGGAGGAUAGACUUUAGCCCAAAUGAGAAAAGGCCACUGAAGGAUAGUAUAGACACUGCACCACUCCAGAGAUAUGCCCUCCGGAGAUCAGUAAAUGGUAUCGGAAGAAGGAAUCUGACACUUUUGGGGGGGAAGGAACAUUUAUUCAAAAAGUAAAACUGAAAGAUUGCAAUAACUGUACAUACGCAUGAUUCAUGUCCGUUCAUGACUGCAAAGAAAAGAGAAACAUGUAAACAUGAGCGAAGGUUGAUAGAAAUUUCAUGAAUUAAUCCAAAAUUGGUUAAAUUAGAAAUAUGACAACUGGUUGUUGAAGUCAUGUGGAUGGUUUUAGGUUAAUUUACAUUCUGAACAGCUAUCCUGUUAGUUUUCCCCAAUCCUGGGCCUUUUACCACCAAGUUUUACUUUGUUUAUGCAAAAGUUCUAAGUUGAUUGUUUAUUUAACUAUCCUACAAUUCUACUAACAUGAUGCUGCUUGUGUGACAUGACAUCUUGUAAACAUUAUGUCGUGGAACUUACAUUUAAUUGUUUCUCAAGUAAUUUCAUCUCCAAAGACAUCUUUUGCAUCUUUAAUCUCCUGUAGUCAAUCUCCUGUUGCAAGUAUUUCAUAUACAAGUCCUUCACUUUGACAUUUGAGGGCUUUCUUUGUUUGUCCCCCUUAAAAACAUUGAGAUUUAAUCAAAUGCAUAAUUUGUAUUAACGGCUACCAUUACACCCAUAAUUUUCUCAGUAUAUUGUAUUCAUAAUGUAGAAAAAUUAGACCUUACAUGGCAAACACUUUUUUUUUUUUUGCGUAAUCUUACCUCUCUGUCCCAUGUUUUGGAAGUGGAUGGUGUGGCCUCAGGUGUGGUCUCGUUUAUGCCUGGACCCUACAGAGGUGUAAUGUUUAGGCCAUUAUCUUUAUCAAUGAGGUCUGAUAACUGAUUAGGCCACUUCCAGAAUACUUUUUCACUUUAUAUAAUAACUGUAUACGCAUCAAAUACAUUAAUUUAAUAAAUUACACUUGAUUAACAUUUUCCAACCACACAUCUCUUCUGAAUAAACCAUAUUAGG